AUGAAGACCCCGGAUUCGAAGCCCGCGAAGCGCCGCCACGCCGCCGCCACGCCGCCAACGACGAGACCGACGCCGCCGCCGCCGCGGCCGCCGACGUUCGGCGAAGUCCUCCCGCUCGCGGUGUCGAUGACCAAGGCGCUGCGCGUCGCCGCGAGGCGCGACGCCGAGCGACGAAAGCGCGAGCUCCGCGCGCUCGGCGAGCUGCGACGACGGCUCGACGCCGCGUGCGUCGCCGCGGAGGACGCCGCCGCGGAGGGCGACGUCGUCGGGAGGCGCGGCGGAAGCGCGAGAUCCGCGCUGUUGCUGCGCGCGGCGUGGGUUACCGGCGACGACGGCGACGGCGACGACGACGGCGGCGGGAGCGACGACUUCCGCUUCCUGCGCCGCGCGAGGGCGUAUCGCCUCGCGAAGCUGACGACGACGACGACGACGACGACGAAGCCGUCUGCCCCCCCCGCGCGCGGAGGCGCGAUGAAGCCGCCGGCGUCGGAGCCGUCGAGGUCCGCGACGCGAGCGAAGGACGUCGCGCGCGCGGUCGACGACGCCCCGGACGCGUUCGUCGCCGCGGAGCUCCUCCUCGAGGUUGUCGGCGUCGGCGACGGCGACGAAGGCGAAGGCGGCGGCGGCGACCCGCGCGUCGUCCCGCUUCCCGAGGAGACCCUGCGCGAGUACGUCGCCGGCGCCGUGCGCGUCAUCGCGGCCGCGGCGUCGAGAGAUCGCGACGACCGAGAGCGCGCCGCGCGGGCGACCGGCGGACGACGCGCGGCCGGCGCCGCGAACGCGGCGGGCGGCGCGGCUUCCGCGACGGCGCUCGCGCGCGACGUCGCCGGCGCGCUCCUCGACGCGUCGCUCGCGCUGCGCGAGCGGCGCGACGACGGCGGCGGCGACGCCACGUUCAUCGCCGCCGCGGCGGCGCCCAUCGCGAUCGCGAUCGACGCGAUCGUUCGAGACGCGCGCGCGUCGUUCGCGGCGGAGCUGUUGACCGCGGCAGCUUCGACGAUUGAAGCGCGGUUCAAAGACGCGUUCGAACCGGUUCCUAUUCGCGCCGGCGUCGCCGUCGUCGCGCCCGCGACGCCGCGGCUGUCGCGCGCGAUCGAGAGCCCGAUCGAAGAAGCGCUCGUCGCGUGCGAUCGGCUCGAGUCCUCGGGCGUCGCGUUCGCCGUCGCCGAGCGCGUCGUCGCGCGGUUCGGGCGCGUUCUUCUCACACUGGUUCCCGUACGACCGCGUCGGCGUGGUGAACGCCGUUCCUUAAGGACUUUCUCUCCCGGCGGCGCAUCUCUCCGCCCAUCCCUCGAGUUCAAUCCCGACACACCUCGAUGCCUUUCAUUUCCGCUUCUGACGCCUUUGAACUCCACCCCGACGUUCGCUCGUAUGGACCCUCGACCCUCAUCAGCCGCGUCGGACGCGCCGCCGCCGCACGCGAGGAGGCCGACCCCGCGGCCGGCGACUUCGCGGCCGCGACGGAGGCGCUGA